AUGGUUCAAAGUAUUGAUCAAAGAGCCGUCGACACUGUCCGUUGUCUUGCUGCUGAUGUUGUCAAGGGUGCCAACUCUGGCCAUCCUGGUGCUCCCAUGGGUUGUGCUCCUAUGGCACAUGUCUUGUUCAACAAGUUUAUGACCUACAACCCCAAGAACCCCAAAUUCAUCAACCGUGAUCGCUUCGUUCUCUCCAAUGGCCAUGGUUGUGCUCUUCAAUACAUUAUGCUCCACAUUGCUGGUUAUGACGUCUCUCUCGAGGAUUUGAAGCAAUUCCGUCAACUCGACUCAAAGACUCCUGGUCAUCCCGAAGUAAACGAUACUCCCGGUAUUGAAGUCACCACUGGUCCUCUUGGUCAAGGUAUCUCCAAUGCUGUUGGUUUGGCUGCUGCUGAAGCUCACUAUGCCGCUACCUUCAACCGUCCCGGUUAUGAGCUCUUCAACAACCACACUUAUGUUAUUCUCGGUGAUGGUUGUCUCCAAGAAGGUGUUUCUGCUGAAGCUAUCUCUCUUGCUGGUCAUUGGAAGCUUGGUAAAUUAGUUGCUCUCUAUGAUGAUAACAAGAUCACCAUUGAUGGUUCUACCGAAGUCUCUUUCACUGAAGACGUAAUCCAGCGUUUUGAAUCUUGCGGCUGGCACACUGUCAUUGUCGGUGAUGGUGAUAGUGAUUUCGCCUCCAUCGAAAAGGCUAUCGAGGAAGCCAAGUCUGUCACUGAUAAGCCUUCUCUUAUCAAGGUCAAGACUACCAUCGGUUAUGGCUCUUUGAACCAAGGUGAGGAGAAGGUUCACGGUUCUCCUCUCUCUGAUGAUGAUAUCAAGCAAGUCAAGCAAAAGUUCGGCUUCAACCCCGAGGAGAAGUAUGUUGUCCCUCAAGAGGUCUACGACUUGUACAAUGCCCGUGCUGAGCAAGGUGCUAAGGCUGAAGAAGCUUGGAACGCUCUCUUUGCUAAAUACAAGGCUGAAUUCCCUCAAGAAGGUGCCGAGAUCGAACGUCGUUUCUCUGGUAAGUUGCCUGAGGGUUGGGAGAAGGCUCUUCCUCGUUUCACUCCUGCUGAUGCUGCUGUCGCUACUCGCAAGUUGUCUGAGGGUGUCUUGACCGCUCUUUCUGAAGUUAUCCCCGAAUUGUUGGGUGGUUCUGCUGAUUUGACUGGUUCUAACCUCACUCGUUGGAAGAAGGCUGUUGAUUUCCAACAUCCCUCUACUAACCUUGGUGACUACAGUGGUCGCUAUUUCCGUUAUGGUGUCCGUGAACACGGUAUGUUUGCCAUCAUGAACGGUUUGGCUGCCUUUGGUGGUAACAUUCCUUUCGGUGGUACUUUCCUCAACUUCCUUACAUAUGGUUGGGGUGCUGCUCGUUUAUCAGCUUUAUCUCAUCUUCGUGUCAUCUAUGUCAUGACCCACGAUUCUAUUGGUCUUGGUGAAGAUGGACCUACUCAUCAACCUAUUGAGACCUUGGUCUUGACCCGUGCUACACCCAACAUGCUCACUUUCCGUCCCGCUGAUGGUAACGAGGUGUCUGGUACUUAUUUGGUUGCCAUUGAGGAUCAACAUCGCCCCUCUGUCAUUGCCCUCUCUCGUCAAAACUUGCCUCAACUUGAAGGUUCUUCUAUCGAAGCUGUUCGUCGUGGUGCUUAUGUUCUCCAAGAUGCUGAGAACGCUCAAUUGAUCUUGGUCGCUACUGGUUCUGAGGUUUCUUUGGCUGUUGAUGCUGCCAAGGAGCUCGCUGCUCAAGGUAUUGCUACCCGUGUUGUCUCCAUGCCUUGUUCCGAACUCUAUGAUGAACAACCCGAAGAGUACAAGAAGUCUGUUCUCUCUCCUGGUAUCCCCAUUGUCUCUAUUGAGGCUCUUGGUGUCACUGGUUGGGAACGCUACUCUCAUGCUCAAGUUGGUAUGAGAUCUUUCGGUGCCUCUGCCCCCAUCAAGCAAUUGUAUAACAAGUUUGACAUUACUGUUGAAGCCACUGUUGCCAAGUCCAAGAAGGUCAUCGAGUACUACCAAAAGGUUGGCUAUGUCCCUGAAGUUGGACUUGACUUUUAA